UUAAUUUCCUAGACACCUAUAAUCAUAUCUGACGUUCGCAAAUUAUAUUUUCAGUAAUCACAAAUCAGGAACAUUACUCGGCUUGCUAUUUUAUUAGGAGGAUACCAAGGCUAAUAAAGUGUAAAAUAACCUUCCGAUUAAACAGAAGACGAUAAAGACAAAAGGUGUAUAGAAGAAUACUAGGCAUAGUUUGAUUAUAUUUAAGUAAAACACAGUUAAAAGAAAGAAGCAACUAUUUGUGGACCACUUAUAAAAACGCAAAAAAAGCAAACAGCAAUGGAUCCAAGGCGCGCUGAUCGUGAACGUCGUUACAAACCACCACCACCAUCCUCAGCUCCUGCAGAAGACCUUACUACGGAUUAUAUGAACAUACUUGGUAUGGUGUUUUCAAUGUGUGGAUUGAUGAUGCGUCUGAAGUGGUGCGCUUGGACUGCUGUAUUUUGUUCAAGCAUAAGUUUUGCCAACUCAAGAGUGUCUGACGAUACAAAACAAAUUGUAAGCUCGUUCAUGUUAUCAAUAUCGGCAGUUGUGAUGUCGUAUUUGCAAAAUCCAGCUCCAAUGUCACCACCAUGGGCAGCUCUAGCUACUUAAUGAAUGUUAUAUAUAAAUGAUUAUUUAAAGUAAAGAUUUUGUUGGUUAUCAUA